AUGUAAAGCUUGAAUACUAACCUCGCAUCUGACCUUGACGACUUCACAGACUUUCUAAAUUAAACCAAUUUUUUCAGUCCUAAGUAUGCCAUUACUAUGAAUAAUGCAUUUGAUUUCACUUCUGGAUCAUACGGAUUCGAUGAGUACUACAUUAAAAAUUAAGAUCAUUUCUUGGAUAAGAAUGAUGAUUUUCCGAUUAUAGCUAAGAAUUUGCAGGAUUUAUAAUCCGCGAAUUCAAGACCUCUUUUGAUUAAUAUUACUGCAGGAGAGCUAAUUUAAAUGCAUUAAUUGCCUGUAAGUUGCUCUCAAAGUCCAAAGGAGGAGGAAAUGCCACAUAAAGAUAACUCACUUUCAAUAGAUUGUAAUAAUGAUUCCAUUGAAAUAUAAAUCUAAAUCCCUCACACGAAUAUGACACAAAAUCAACGAGAUUGUUUGUUAAGAAAUUCAUAGAAGGCCCACAAGUUUUCAUUUGAGAAAUUUAAGCGAGAAUGUCUAGUAUAAUUAGGUAUCAAGCGCAUUGAUGUCCUAGUCAAAACUACUCUAAGAAAAAUUAGGAAAUAUUAUUUGAAAUAAUUCCUGACCUUAACAAAUUACAAUAAAUCAAAGAAAAAAUAAGGCCCUUAAUUUCUCAUCUAAAAAGUCAGAGAAUAUUUAGUUUUAACAAAUAUGCAGCCUAAUAUCAAUGAAUCUGAUCUCAGACAGAAAAGAAUCACCCAAGAGCUUGAAAUCUUGCUUGGCUCGAUGUUCUAUCUCAAGAUUAUGAAAUAGAUAUAUACUGAAAAUGAUGAAUUAUAGAGUAUAGAAAAGAUCCAUAAUAGUUUAUACCUCUACACAGACAAAAAUUUGCUUUAACUAUUUGAGUCUGAAUCAUUCAUUUUACUUUUCAAUCAUUUCAAAUCUGUAUACAAUGAAGAAAGCAAUCCUUGUCUACAGAAAAUCAUUGGAGACGAUGAAUAAUUUAUCUUAGGAAUGAAAUUUCUAUGUAAAUUAAAAUCCUAGAUCGAUAGAUCUUUAAUUAGGAGUAUAUGA